AUGCUCCAUGCGAAGUCAUCUGCAGCGGUGUCAUUCCUCGAAUGCAGCCGUGAUUUUUCAGAUUGCGCGGUUGGAGCAUCGUCAAGACGAGAACAUCAUCGACCUCUGUUUCUGCCAAGCGGUUGCUUGUUUCUGGCUAUCGUGCUCGGCGAUCGACAAGUCUCCCCAGCCAACCUUCGUGUUCGCGGCAUCCACUGCCUGUCGGCAAGCGUUCAUGUCUGGCGCAAAACGGUGCUCCAGAGGUACCAUGCAGCCGGUCAGCAUCGAAUCGAAGCCUUGAAAGAAGAGUCGAUUCAGCUGCUGUUUGGAACCAGUGAGGUCGAAGUUCGAGAGCUCCAAGCUGUCAGCUUCGCAUGCGAAACGUCAGUCUCGAGCAGCUGGGCGUUGGAUGUGGCGCUGUCAAAGGCUCCCGUUCCCAACUUGGUGUGUUCAAGUCGUGUCCCCCACCAUCAGGGCUGUGCAAGAGAUGCAGGACAUCAUCGUGCUUCUCCCGGAGCUGCGUUUCGUCCCAAGUCCCAACAAGACCUGCAUCGCGCAUUUGGCCCAAUGAGCCACGAGGUUCCUACCUAG